UUCACUUCCAUUGUAAGUGUCUCACUUUAACCCAGAUAUGUGCUUUUUUUUUUUUUUUUUUUUUUUUUUUUAAGAAAAAGAGGAACAAGUCGAAAUACAUUUUUGUGGUAAUCAUCAUUAUGCCACAAAUGCUGUCGAUUGAGUUUAACUUGUAUUGAACACGGAAUAUUCCUUUAAAUGACUAAAUGGGCGUUUUGAUUGGUUAUCCUCUCAUGGAAAGUACUAGUGUUUACAAUCAACUUAUUUGCCCUUUAUGGACUUUUCUUUUCUAAGAACAUGAAAAUGGGCUUAUAAAGAUGCUUUCAACGCGAGUAGUGCUCACCGGUGCUUGAGACACGCUAUUUUGAUGAGGAUGGUGAGUGAUGACGCUUUAUUAAGAGCCCUCGGUCCCCGCGUGCACGGUUGAAUCACGUGUUCACAUACGCAGCUGCACCUUCGCGAGUUACCGGCUAGUGGAGUGUGUUGAUGUUGUAAACCGGUCACAGGGCGUCCCGCGAAGAGCUUGCUGGCGCAAUAGGACUGUAUAAAAGAAAUGAAGAUGACAGACCGUUGAACACACCGAGAAGAUGCUCUGCGUGAGUUUGCUCCUGUUGAUAACGGUGGCUAGUGAUGCAGCGACUGACCUUUACGUGACAAGAGCAUCUCUCCCACCAGAGCUGGUCGUCAGCGCCGCACCUGCGGUUACAUCCCCCACCGGCUCCCGUUAUACUCCAGACAGGUACGGGCGUCCCGGGAUUGUGCUCGCCCGGUCUGCGGAGGAGCCGGCCAGCACGAGCACAGAGGACGGAGAGUCCUCUCACCUCCAUGGAGGGGGUUACAAGAUAGUGCAGUGGGAAUGGAGCUACGUGCAGACACCUUACAUUAUAGCCAUCUGGCUUUUGGUUGGCAGUGUGGCGAAAAUACUAUUCCACUUCUCUCAGCGUUUUACCACAGCGGUCCCAGAGAGCUGUAUGCUGAUUCUGUUGGGUCUUGUUCUGGGUGCAGUGGUCCUAAUCGCCAGCAAAAAGCAGCCUUAUCAACUGGACCCAGGGCUCUUUUUCCUCUUUCUCCUGCCGACUAUAGUGGGGGAUGCUGGGUAUUUCAUGCCAGCACGGCUCUUCUUUGACAACUUGGGUGCUAUUUUGAUGUAUGCUGUGGUAGGCACAUUGUGGAAUGCCUUCUGCACUGGAUUCUGUCUCUAUGGAGUCAAGUUGGCAGGGGUCAUAGAUGAAAAAGUAGAGGCCGGUUUAAUGGAGUUUUUGUUGUUUGGAGCUUUGAUCUCAGCUGUGGAUCCUGUAGCAGUGAUCGCUGUCUUUGAAGAAGUCCAUGUGAAUGAGAUGCUCUUUAUCAUUGUCUUUGGCGAGUCACUGCUCAAUGAUGCUGUCACUGUGGUCUUAUAUAAAGUAUAUAUAUCCUUUGUGGAGGUGGGACCAGGGAAUGUUCAUACUGCAGACUAUUUUAAAGGAAUUGCCUCCUUCCUCAUUGUCAGUAUUGGAGGAACUUUGGUUGGUCUCAUCUUUGCCAUUAUUCUAGCCUUUGGCACUCGUUUUACGAAGAAGGUGCGCAUCAUAGAGCCGCUGUUUGUCUUCUUGUUGGUUUACCUGGCCUACCUAACAGCAGAACUCUUCUCUCUUUCCGCCAUUCUUUCGAUGACUUUCUGUGGCAUUGGAUGCAACAAGUAUGUGGAGGCCAAUAUAUCCCAGAAGUCCCGGACCACCGUGAAGUACACCAUGAAAACCCUGGCCAGCAUUGCAGAGACAAUCAUCUUCAUAUUUUUGGGUAUCUCAGCUGUGGACAAAUCCAAAUGGGCCUGGGACACUGGCCUUAUCGUCAGCACACUCAUCUUUAUCUUCGUCUUCAGGGCCAUAGGUGUUGUAGGACAGACUUGGUUCCUAAACUGGUUCAGAUUGGUUCCCCUGGACAAGAUUGAUCAAGUGGUGAUGUCAUACGGUGGCCUGCGAGGUGCUGUAGCCUUUGCACUGGUGGUACUUUUAGAUAAAGAUCAGGUGAAAGCAAAAGACUACUUUGUGGCAACAACUAUAGUUGUGGUUUUCUUCACUGUCAUGUUUCAGGGUUUAACCAUCAAGCCUUUAGUGAAAUGGUUGAAAGUGCCACGCAGCACAAACAGAAAACCCACCAUUAAUGAAGAGAUCCAUGAGCGUGCCUUUGACCACAUUCUGACUGCUGUUGAAGACAUUGCUGGUUUGAAUGGCUACCAUCACUGGAGGGACAAGUGGGAGCAGUUUGACAAGAACUACUUGAGUAAGUUGCUGCUGAGAAAGUCUGUGUACCAUAAGAGUGAGCUGUGGGAGGCCUAUCAGAAAAUCAACAUCAGAGAUGCCAUCAGUGUCAUUGAUCAGGGUGGGAAUGUAUUGACCUCUGCUAGACUUUCUCUGCCUUCUAUGGCUAGCAGAGCAUCUUUCCCAGAGGUCACAAAUGUGACCAAUUACCUGAGGGAGAAUGGCAGCGGGGUGUGUCUAGACCUCCAGGUGAUUGACACAGUGCCAGGAGCCAAGAUAGAGGAGGAGUACGAGACACAUCAUGUACUUGCAGGAAACCUCUACAAACCCAGGAGACGGUACCAGUCCCACUACAGUCGCCACUUCAUGACAGUGGGGGACAAAGAGAGACAGGACAGGGAGGUGUUCCAGAGGAAUAUGCAUAACCGCCUGGAGUCCUUCAAAUCUACUCGCUACAAGCGCCACAAGAAGGACCGCAGUCAGAAAAAGUGGAAAGGGUCAGAUGCUAAAGAACAGGACAUAAACGACAAACCCAGACGAAAUGUGAGCUGGCAGGACAAAGACCCAGUUGUGGUUCCUCUAGCCCGUGAGGAGGAGAAUCUUGAUCCUUCUGAGCCAGAUAAAGAUGAGGAUGUGGGGAUCACUUUUGUGGCUCGCAAGGCCCCAGAAACACCAAAGGAGAGACCAAAAUCAGUGCCAGCUGCACUGGAUGUGUGUCAAAGCCCUGUUGCAGCCCCUCCCUCACUCACAUGUGGAGAGAAAAACCUGCCAUGGAAAAGUGGCAUGGGUUCCCUCCCUCCUUGUGUGUCAGUGGAGGCCACUAAGAUUAUUCCUAUAGACCUGCAGCAGGCCUGGGAUCAGAGCAUCUCCUCUCUGGAGAGCCUGGCUUCUCCUCCGGUUCCUCCAGAGCCUCAGCUACCACGCAUCAGUGCCCUCUCUAGGCUUGGAGGACCCCUGCGGACCCCUGUGAAAGGAAAAAUUGAUGGUGGUGGUGGUAUAGGACCAGGAAGUAGUGCAACUGGCCCAAGUUCAGGGCAGUUCCCGUUCCCUACAGGGAAGGAGGAAGAGGAGGAAGGCCCCCUCUCUCAGCAGCAGCAGGAAAUGCAGCCGCUAAUGUCAUCUUUGAGGCCGCCACCCCCACCCCUUCAGCCGCCUGCUGCUGCUGCUGCACAAGCUGCUGCACAAGCUGCUGGAAAGAGACGGAAUCCUUGUGUUUAUCUUCGGAGUCUGGUGACAGCACCACCUUCAGGUGUGGAGAAACACAGCAGGCGGCCAACCCAACUGUAG